AUGUCUUUGGACGGUCCUGUGUACCCGAAACUCGUCCGCCACGGCGGCAAGAUCUCCGUCUCGGACCCACGCUACGGGCUACCGCACGCCCGACAAGCCAAGAUGUCUGUUGAUGGCCCUUUGCUCUCGGCCGCCGAUACAGACUUCGGCCCGGGGAACUCGUGCCUGAGCGAUUACGGGAUCGAUAUGACCAUCGCGACCACUCAGGCAAGCAUCAAUUCGGGCCUCUUGAAUUACCUUGACAACACCCAACAACCGCUUACAACCAUCUGCUUCCUUGCCAACCCAGAGACCGGAGAUCCGGAGACACAGGUAACUCUCGAGUCUCUAUCAGAGAACCCCUUUGACAUCAAGCCCUGCAAGGGCGAUGCGUACAAGAACAAUGCAGCAAUCUCAAAGCUCAGAGCAGAAGGUUUCGUAGUCGGUAUUCAGAUCAGGGCGGGCAUCCCCCCCGGCGCACUACUUGUCGAUCUGCCCAAUAUCGUUACACUCGUCAAGGACUCCGAGUUCGUCAAGUACAAUCUUUUCUGCCAGGAGAUCACAGUGAUCCAGAACAGUCCCCCCAAUGACCACGGCGGGCAGGGGUCCUGGGAUGUUUGGAGUCAGGGGGAUGAUACGUGGUACAUCUCGGCUGAUGUCAAUGUUAUUACAUCCCCGCUGGACCCAAAGUUGAACACAACCUACUUCAAUAGUCAUACGCAGCAGCAAAGCCAACUUGCGAGUGCGUUGACCAACAUGCCAGCCAAGGUUUUCAGUCUGCAGCAGCUAGAGCUUGAGCUUGACAAUGCCCGGCUCGAACAAGACGUCACUUUCCAAGGGGUGCCGAGAAAAUCCAAAGCCGAGGCGGCGUUGAGGAGUACGUUUAUCGAAAUUUAUUGGAAAAACGUCGCAGACAAUGGUCUCCCAGUCGUCGGAGUUUCAGCCCUCUCGGAGGAGGAGGAGAAGUCGCAAAUACAGAUUACGGACGUGGAGCAGCAGGUUACCACUUUCAAGGUUGAAAAGGGCAGGGAGACGAAAAAUCCAACGCCUCGCCAACAAGCGGCGACGACACUGGACUACAUAUGCGCAGUAGGGGGGAACAAGCUACCAACACCAAGAGACUUGCCGUGGUGCUGGGUCGGGGACGAUGAACUCGGCGACAAGCAUGGUGUCAUGGCGAUCGCUCCGCACCUCAUUAUAGAUGUUAUUGACAAAGCUUUGGUUUCGGAUAACAAAAAUAUUUUCGGGUGGUAUCCUCAACUCGACCAGACGGCUUCUCAAGGCAAGACAGUUUCUUGGAGUUAUCAUUUCGGGAAUGGUGGAGUUCACAGCUCACAUGUUGACCUGGGUUACUGCAAGGUAUAUCUAGACUACCUCGAGCGGUUUUACGCCUCUAUCGAGAAAGUCAAGGAUACAACCUACCUUGUGAUUAAUUUGUCCUUUCAGUGCAGCAUCUCUUCUAACCUACCGGUCGACCCAUCUUCGACCUUUGCAGUUAAUGAGAACUUCAAGCGGCAUUACUCAGUCCUUUGUGAUCAGUCUGGCGGCUUGCAAGUAAAACCAGUGGAUAGGGGCUGGCGCAUGGAUCACGCGGGUGAGACGGGCGAGACGGCGCCAUUCUGGCUUGAUGACGACCUUUUUGACUUCCCCGGUUACGACAGUCUUAAGUUUUGGGCGCAAACUUUUGUAACUCCGCCAGCGAAUUUUGUGCCUCAAACCGAGCCGAAACUCGAAAAACUAGGGUGUUUCGUCUUCCCCGGCGCGUCAGUCUUCACCUACAAGAAUGCCAGGUUCUCCAAAGGGGGGGAUCUCCUCUGCGACCUCAGCUAUCUCGAUCCUAACGAGACCGAAUAUUCGACAUGGAUUCGCCCCAGAACCAAGAAGACCAAGACACCGAGGUUCUCACUCCAGGGGAGCUACUCCAGUGUGCUCAAUCUAUCGUACACGACGGAGCUCAUGGAGAACUACGUCGCCGGCAAGAUGUACUACCCUCCAAAGAACACGCUGGGCGUUGUCAGCAAGUUCGAGGCCUUGCAGGACGACCUAGGCAACACGCUGCUCUUCAGCAUCCACCAAGACGGAUCGUUGCACGUUAUGAAGGAGGAGAGUGGCGUUGGCACCGGGUGGAAAGACUACGACAUCUCGACGGCGACAAUCCAGCGGCAGGUGCCCGGUGGAGAGGUGCGCACUUUUGACGUUGGCCAGAAUCCGCUGGAUGGGAGCAUUGGGCUCAUGAUGGCCGUUCGCUCGGGGGACACUGACCACCUCUUCAUCUCCCUCGUCAACAGCGCCGCCGAGACGGACUGGAUCCUCGAUCCCGAGUGGGACCUGGUCGACGCAAACAAGCCAUCCGGGCCUGUCACGAUCCGCAACGCCUUCUUCGCGGCCACAUCGGGCACAAAGCAGUACCUGGUAGUGGAUGCGGAUCGCGCCGGGGAGACGCAGGCAGGGGUGCGGCUCCUCGAGCGGUACCACAUCCGACGCGCCGACCUGGCGUGGGUGAAGCAUCCACUGCCCAUCGACGUGGAGAGCUCCGAAUACCAGAGCCGCAUUGGCAUGGUCAGCGGAGGCACCGCCGCGGCACCCAAGAAGGGCAGGGUGGACGGCCUCUACACCAUGGGCGUCAACGGCUCUGCCACACAGCUGGUCUACGUGCCCAUCAUCAACCCGUAUAGCAAAUACACCGGGCCUGAGGUGACGACUCUCAAGCUGCCCGGGGGCCCGAUCCAGUGCUCGGCCAUUGCCACGGCACGCUGGGUCCAGGACGACACCGACCCGCUCUUUGGCAGCACCUACCUGUUUGCCAUCGCCGGGUCGGCGCUCUACUAUUGGGACAACAAGGCGCAAAAGUCCCAGUCCGGCGUCGGCACGUACCUGCUGGAGGACGUGGCCUUUAAGGGCACCACGACGCUGCUGGCCGACUCCCGUGACGGCGUGACCACCAUCUGGGGCAAGACAUCAGAUGGCAGCAUCUACUAUCUCGCUUGCCAAUCGGACAAGGUCGGGCAAGGCGAUUGCUGGAGCACGCCCAUCCCGAUUCUGAGCGGGGUCCAGCAGAUCUCGACCUACAGCAAUCGGGUUGAUGGCGAGAACACCGUCUUUGCUGUCGACGACGAGGCCUUCUACAAGUUCACCCGGGCGAGCAACACGGGCAUCUGGAAGAAGCAGCGGAUCUACCACGUCCCCCAGCCCAAGCCGCAUGAGGUGACGCCCACUCGCUCCUUCAAAGCCUACACGACCACGCUCCACGUCACCAACCGAGUGACCGGGGCUGGGGUCAAGGAUUUGCAGGUGGCCAUCUGCACCGACUCCCGGACGCCCGUGUACAUCAACGGGGCUUACACGGUCCUCGGCCCGGACUGGACCUGGGUGCCUGUAACCGGGGACAGCACAGUGGUGAUCGUGGAGGAGACCCCAGACGUCAAUGGCACGACCCUUUUCGUGAAGCCCGACAACGCCUCCGCCGUCACAACCAUCAACACCAUGGACAAGGGCUUCCGCAAGCUCGCCUCGCUCACGACUGUGGCAAAGCUUCGCGAAGCCAGAGUCGUGCGGGAUACCACAGCUGGCGGCACGUGCGGCGAACCUGACUUGAAGCCCUUUGUGGACCAGGCCAGCAGCGAGGACGAUCUGCAGGCCGUCGCCGACAGUCUCGCCGACAUUUCCCAGGCGUACGACGACCAGCACGAAGAGUUGCCCAGUGGCGAAAUCGCGCUGAGGCGGCGCGAGCACCCACGCUUCCGGCCCAACCGUGGCAUCGUCCCGGGCCGGCGGUGGCGCCCUGCCCGCGACCAGUUCGGCCCUAUCAAGCGCGAGGACCUGAAUUGGUGGGAUGAUACACUGGACUGGAUCGAAGGAGCGGCCGGAGAUGUCGCCCAGUGGGCCGAGAACACAUGGGACACGGUUGUGGACGAAAUGAAAAAGGGGGUCAAGUUUCUCAAGGACACUGCCACGGGGCUGUGGCACUUGGCCGUCAAGAUUGGCGAUUGCAUCUUUAACGCUGUCAUUGACAGCAUAGACGCCGUGAUCAAGGCAUUCAAGUGGGUCUACGACAAGGUCAAGACAGCAGUCGAGGACAUCAUCAAAUUCAUCGAGCUCCUCCUCCGCUGGGAUGACAUUACCAGGACCAAGGAUGUCAUGCACAAUAUUACCCUACGCUUUUUGGAAUACGGCAUCGGGCAAAUCUCCACUGUCCAGGGUGUCAUCAACCAGAAGAGUGACCAGAUCGAGAACAAGGUAGCCCAAUGGGCGGGCCUGAACGACUGGCCGGCCCUCGAUGGCACGGCAGUCUCCAAGCCAGCGGCCAACAGUACCGGAAGCGUCCCACAGACAUCCGGCUCGACGCUGCUGUCGCACCACUACCAGAACAACGCAAAGAAUCUGACCUUUAAGGAGGACGUGGAUGAUCCCUCUGGCCUCGAGGUGCUGGUGCAAGAUUUGAUGAAAGCUAUCGAGAAAGAGGGCGAUGUUCUCGGGAGGGCUUUCAACGAGCUCAAGCAGCUGGCUCGCGACUUCAGUUCGCUCAGCAUCAAAGAGGCUCUCAAGAGGCUCGUGGGCAUCCUAGUCAACGGCGUCGUGGGCAGUUCAAUGGUCGUGGUCAACGCUCUGCUUAGCGUGCUCUCGCAGGCUGCCCAAUUCGCUCUCAAGAUCCUCGAUACAAAGAUACACAUUCCUGUCAUUUCCGAUAUACUCAACAAGAUUGGAAUACCGGAUCUUUCGAUCCUCGACUUGUUCAUGUGGAUCACCGCCUUUGGUUUCACAGCUGUGUAUAAGAUCCUUAAGGGUGGCGAGGCCCCCUUCAAGGAGAGUUCUCGCGUUUCUGCCACCAUCAACGCGGAAGAUUGGGCAACGAUUCUAGAGCUGUUCCAACCGUCAACAUCAGGCGUCGACUUGAUGGAAGCGGACCAAGCAGACAACCAGUUGAGGGAUUCGACGUCCGCGGCAAUGUACAGCGGCAAUGGCAUCCUCGCGGUCCUGGGGUCCGUCAUCAAACCCGCCGAGGCAGAACUGCCUCCAGACAGCCCCCUGUCCUAUGCAAACACCAUUCUCUCAUCCCUCGGCAGUGCCAUGAAGUAUACGGGAGGGUUGCUCGUGCCAAGGAAGCCUCUCAAGAACUCCGUGGCGGAUCAGCUAAGUUCUGCUCUCAGUUUAAUCACCGUCGCCGCCCCGUUGGCUCUCUCGGGCAAACUGUUGAAUUCUGGUCUGAACAUCCCUCUCUUUGGGGCCCCCGUUGACAAGCGCGGCGCCGCUGCCAUCAUCGAUGCAAUACUUGUGCUUCCUGCGGUACUUAUCACAGGGUACCACUUUUAUGAACUGAGCCAGGAGGCGGCAAGCACUGAUCGCACCGAGGCAAUUAUGGGUGAGGUGACGAAUAUUGCUGGCUUUGUGGCAAGAGUUGCGUAUGCGGGCGCUAUCAAUGAUAAAGAUGAAGAGAGUAAGCAGAUCUUCAUUUUGAUCUUGGGAGGGAGCAACUAUGUCAUUGCUGGACUGAACCAAGCAUCGGCCCUGGUUGCAAUUGAGGCCUCGAAGGAUGCGGCAAAUAGUGUGGUGACGUAUCCAUCCAAAAAACGCUUAUCAGGAUUUGUUAAGGAAGUAUGGUAG